AUGUCGUCAUCGACAGCCCCCUCUGCGACAUCAUCGCCGGCGACCGACGCGCCCGACGAACCGCAGACCGAAGGCUCCAAGCUGCGAACAUUUUUGGGUAUUCUUAAAAAAUUUAUAGGCGUUUCCGACCUUGCCUCUGUUCGAUUUUCCCUGCCCUCGCAGCUUUUGGAGCCGACACCGAAUCUCGAGUACUGGACCUACCUCGAUGCCCCCAAUGCCUUUAUAGCCAUUGGAACCUCGGAGGAACCCCUCGACCGCAUGCUGGAAGUCAUCCGCUUCUGGCUGACCAAAGACUUGAAAUAUGCCAAGGGCAAACCUUGCAAACCAUACAAUUCCUGCUUGGGAGAAUUCUUCAGAUCGGAGGACCCCAAGAACGUUGGUUUUGCUAACAGAUGGCUUUUUGCACAGUGUAACUGGGAAACGGAAGAUAAUGCCCCGAGGAUCGAGACGGCCGAGCUCAAUGGGUGCGUGUCCGGGUCAGAGAAAGGAUCCUUGCGUAGCUUGAAGGUUCCCCCCAAGAGCGACAAGAAUGAAUCCACCGUUUCCCUCUCCGUUCCCAAGCACGGGGCCUCGACGCCGGACAAGAAGCCGAUUCGGAUUUCAUACCUCACCGAACAGACUUCUCACCACCCGCCCGUGAGCGCCUUCCAUAUUACCUGCCCGGAGAAGGGCCUCACAGCCCGAGGCUUUGAUCAAAUCAGUGCCAAGUUCACGGGCACCUCGGUCAAGGUGCUUCCGGGAGAGCACAACAUGGGCAUCUUCAUCACGUUGGACAAGCAUGGUGGCGAGACGUACCAGCUCACGCACCCGGCUGCACAUCUUGGCGGUCUCCUGCGGGGAGCUCUCAGUGUUUCCGUCAGUGAAAUGGCUUACAUCACAUGUCCCGAGACCAAGCUCAAGUGUAUCCUCCACUACGUCGAGGAAGGCUGGCUCGGCCGAACCACCAACAAGAUCGAUGGUGUUGUUUUCCGGUAUGAUCCCGAAAACGACACCAAGACCCGCGUGCAAGAUGUUCCCGACGAGGACAUUCUUAUUCGUCUGAGUGGUCCAUGGCGAGAAAAGGUCGUUUUCUCGCUUGGUCCCAAGCCAAUGAAAUCUGUAUCCCCAGAGCACCAAUACACAAUCAUAGACAUUGCCCCCCUCCACGUCGCCUCCAAAAUCCUCCCCCCAGAAGACCAGCAGCUCCCCAACGAGUCUCUCACUCUCUGGGGUGGCGUGACCAAAGCCAUCCACGCCAAACAAUUCUCCAAAGCCACCGAUCUCAAGGUCGAGCUCGAGGAAAAGCAGCGCGAAAAGGCCCGCGAGCGCGAAAAGAACAAGGAGACCUGGCAGCCCGUCUUUUUUGAACACGUCGUCGGCAACGGAGGCAAGCCCGACUUGACCGACAAGGGUAAACAGGUGCUAGAGCGAGCGCAACAGGGCGACUGGUCCAUGGAGGGUAUCUUGUAG